ACCCGAGGGACAAGUUACAUAUUUUAGUUAGCAGAUCAGCAAUUUCACAUUUGAGUUCUUUGAGAACUCUCGGGUGGAUGCCAUCCGGGCCCAGUGAUUUGUCAGUUUUUAUAUUGUCCAUUAAGCUUAGAACUUAGAAGGUGGGGUAUAAAUGUAUAAAUGUCAUAUAAACAAACAAUGCUGUCUGAGGCAAGGAGAUGUUGCUGAGCAGCUAGAGAGAACAGCGGAGAGGCUGUGUUUCUGGGGUAGGUGGGGUAGGUGUGUCAGGGUGCUGCAUUUGGAAGCUUUCCCGCUGCGAGAAGUCUCUAGCUUGAAGGCAACGUCUGAACGGAGCUAUUGGCCCGCACAUGCCGUGCACAGAAUGACACCCACGUUGAAAUCUGGAUUGUCCCAUCCAUGGAGGGGAAGAGAGAGAGCUGCCUCAGAGCCAACUCAGGGGCUGGUGACUUUUGAAGACGUGGCUGUUUACUUCACAAAGGAGGAAUGGGCUCUCCUAGACCCAAAGCAAAGAGCCCUGUAUAGUAGCAUCAUGCUGGAAAAUUAUGGGAAUAUAGCCUCACUGGGAUGCUCCAUCCCGAAGCCUGAUCUCAUCUGCUGGCUGGAGAGUGGAGAAGAGCUGUGGGUGUUGGGCUCUCAGACGCUGGGUGAAAAAGAGAUCUCUAGCACCAAUUCAGAUGACUUGAAUAAAAAGAAUGUGUGCCCUGAGUGUAGGAAAUGUUUUACUAAGAAAUGUAACCUUGUCAGACACCAGCAAAUCCACGCAGCAGGGAGACCUUAUGAAUACUUGGAGUGUGGGAAAUGCUUUGCUCAACAACCUGUGUUUCUGAAACACCAGAAAGUCCAUUUAUGGGGAGAGAAACCCCACAAAUGCCUGGACUGUGGAAAAAGUUUUGCUCACCUCUCUGUCCUUGUGACCCACCAGAGGGUCCACACAGGAGAGAAACCCUAUAAAUGCAUGGAAUGUGGAAAGUGUUUGGCAUUGCAUGGAGACCUUGUGAGACACCAGAGACUCCAUACAGGAGAGAAACCCUAUAAAUGCUUGGAAUGUGGGAAAGGUUUUGCUCACCAGUCAAAUCUUGUGAACCACCAGAGAGUCCACACAGGGGAGAAGCCCUAUAAAUGCUUGGAAUGUGGGAAAGGUUUUGCUUGUCAUUCACAACUUGUCAGCCACCACAGAAUCCACACAGGAGAUAAACCCUAUCAGUGUUUGUUGUGCAGGAAAAGUUUUGCUGAGAGAUCAACCUUUGUGACACACCAGAGAGUCCAUACAGGAGAAAAACCCUACAAAUGCCUGGAGUGCGGGAAAUGUUUUGCUCAACAUUCGAAUAUUGUGAAACACCGGAGAAUUCAUACAGGGGAGAAGCCCUAUAAAUGCCUGGAGUGUGAGAAAUGUUUUACUCGCCAAUCGUACCUUGUGGCCCACCAGAGAAUCCAUACAGGAGAGAAGCCCUAUACAUGCCUAGAGUGUGGGAAAUGUUUUGCUCAGAACUCAACUCUGAUACAACAUAAGAGAAUUCACACAGGAGAGAAGCCCUAUAAAUGCCUUGAGUGUGGGAAAGGUUUUGCUGAUAACUCGGGUCUUGUGAAACACACACGAGUCCACAUGGGAGAGAAGCCGUAUCAAUCCCAGGCAUUUUAAACUGUAUCUUAUGUGUAUUUUAUAGUGUAUUUUAACAGUAUUGCAUUAUUGUUGUAUUUUGGUGUAGUUUGGUUCC